CUCCCGAAAUGGCAGUGGCCCGGGGAGUCGGAAGCCCGGAGCCAGCGCGGCCGCUGCUAUAUAAGUGGGGGGGGCCGCGGAUCGGGGGAGCCCGGCUGCGCUUUGGAGAAGCGAGGAGCCGCCGCCCGAGGCAGGUCCCGGCGAGCAAAGGCGCCUCGGCCCCCAGUUCCCUUUCCCAAAGGUGAGCACCUGGAGCCAGGAGCCCGGGUGCUUGGGUCUGUGAGGCACAGGGCACCGCAACAGCUGGCCUCCCCGUCACCCGCGCGCAGCCAAGCCCAUCGGGCGAGGCCCCCGGCGCCCCGCAGCCGCCGCCGCGCCAUGCUUCACCUUAGCGAGUUUUCCGGCCCCGACGCGCUUCUGGUCAAGUCCACCGAGGGCUGUUGCGCGGAACCCAGCACUGAAUUGUCCCGGCUGCCCGGUAGGGACGCGCCGGCGACUGCCGGCUACCCCGGAGCAGGCGACUUCUUGAGCUGGGCUUUGAGCAGCUGCAGCGCCGGGGGGGACUUAGCCGAUUCCUGCUUCCUGGAGGGGCCUGCACCCACGCCCCCUCCUGGCCUCAGCUACAGCGGUAGCUUCUUCAUCCAAGCAGUACCCGAACACCCGCACGAUCCGGAGGCACUCUUCAACCUCAUGUCGGGCAUCCUGGGUCUGGCACCUUUCCCCGGCCCUGAGGCGGCAGCAUCCCGGUCUCCGCUGGACGCCUCUUUUUCCGCAGGCCCCGACGCCUUGCUGCCGGGUCCCCCGGACCUUUACUCCCCGGAUCUGGGCGCUGCCGCCUUCCCAGAGGCGUUCUGGGAAGCCUCACCCUCGGCAGGCGCCCCCUCACAGUGCCUGUAUGAGCCUCAGCUCUCCCCGCCCGACGUCAAGCCAGGCCUCCGGGCGCCUCCGGCCUCCCCUGCGCUGGACACUGCCUCGGCCUUCAAAGGCCCCUACGCUCCCUGGGAGCUGCUCUCAGCUGGAGCCCCAGGGAGCUGUGGGUCACAGGGAGGCUACCAGGCCGCCCCCGACGCCCGUUUCCCCUCGAUGGGGGCAAAGAUUGAAGACCUGCUGUCCAUUAGCUGCCCGGCGGAGCUGCCAGCCGGUCCCGCCAACAGACUCUACCCCACGGGGUCUUACGACGCUUAUCCGCUGGCCGCAGGUGACUUAGGAGAGGUGGCCGAGGGCCUCCCGGGUCUCCUGACCCCUCCUAGUGGGGAUGGGGGGAGUAGCGGCGACGGUGGAGAGUUUCUGGCGGGUACUCAGGCUCAGGUUUCUCCCCUGGGCCUUCGCAGCACCGCGGCGGACUUCCCGAAACCUCUGGUGGCAGACAUCACUGGGAGCAGUGGCGUGGCCGAGCCUCCGGGGCCACCGCCGCCGGCCCCAUUCCCACCCACCAAGGCGCGGCGCAAGGGGCGCCGGGGCGGCAAGUGCAGCGCGCGCUGCUUCUGCCCGCGGCCUCACGCCAAGGCCUUUGCUUGCCCAGUGGAGAGCUGUGUGCGCAGCUUUGCGCGCUCCGACGAGCUCAACCGCCACCUGCGCAUCCACACCGGCCACAAGCCCUUCCAGUGCCGCAUCUGCCUCCGCAACUUCAGCCGAAGCGACCACCUUACCACCCACGUGCGCACUCACACGGGUGAGAAACCCUUUGCCUGCGACGUGUGCGGCCGCCGCUUCGCGCGCAGUGAUGAGAAGAAAAGGCACAGCAAGGUGCACCUCAAGCAGAAGGCGCGCGCGGAGGAGCGGCUCAAGGGCCUUGGCUUUUACUCUUUGGGCCUCUCUUUCGCCGCCCUGUGAGGGGGAAAUGGGUUUGUAGAUUGAGGCUGCCGCCCGGCACGAAAGAGGAGACCUGGCCCGACCCCCCACCCACCCCUUUUCCGGCACGUCUCGGGGCCGGGUUCUGGUCCCACUUCCAGUUCCCUUGAAGUGCCCGUCGUUCACGCCUCGUUCAGCACCAGCUCCGUGGACAGCUCCUGCGGUCCCCGGCGCUGACGCCCGCGUCCGCCGCUCUUUGAAGAAGUCCUCUCAGGCCACCCACUGAGUAGGCACUUCCAUGGGACUCAAGAUAGCCUUUUGUAACUAACUUGGCGCACGCCCCACGCCCCUCAUUAGAACCCCCAGAGUCAGGCUGGGGCAGCGCCGAGCCGGUCUCGCGCGGGAUUUUGUACAGCAAUGUCGUUUCCAGCAGCCAUUGGAUGUAACGUUUUGCUUUGGGGUUAUUUCCUUUUGUUGUUGUUAAUUUUUGUAAAGCAGACGCUACUCUCGAGCAGUUGACAAAACUGUUUAUUUUUGCAAUUAAAAUUAUUGUGCUAAAAGCUUACUGAAUCUGCCAUCUAAGCUCCUGACCCUUUCCCCCCAGUCACUCCCCCAGGAGAAUAUGUGCCAGAAAAGAAAGGAGAUAUUCAGGCAAAAGGAUCAUUACGCAGCUACUGUCAGGCACUGUGGCACGUACUAGGCAUUCAAUAAAUAUGUACUGAAUUAACAAAUGCAUUUAAUCACAACUGACCUAAGAGCUCAAAGUUUUUUCUGAAACUUGAGAGUGAUUGAGAUGUUGAGGUGUUAAACAUUUGGAGAUAUAUUAUCCUAAAUCUCCACAAUUCUAAAUGCAGCAACAUAUAUUCCAUUUCAAAGAUGAAGGAGCAAAGUAGGUAACUUGCUGGGUAACCUGGCUAUUAAGUGACGGGGUCAAACUCAGAUCUGUCUGGCUCCAAAGCCAGUAAUUUUUUUUUUUACCAACCCCAGAAUGGUGGCACCUCACCUUAAUAGUGCUGUUUGGAAAGGCUUCCUACCCACAAGUGAGAUAGAUUUGGGAACUAGAGGAGGCCCAGGCAGUAGCCAUGACAAUGGAGGACUGCAGUAUGGCAGAGCUGUCUGUGAACAACCGAAGUAUUAGGUAUCACAGAAGCUCCAGCCAGUGGCUGUGCAUCUGUAUGAGAAAAAGGGGCUGUCAGGGCCAAACGGGACUUAGCAUUCAGCCAGACCAUGGAUGGGCAGAGCCAAGCCACACGAGGUGCUUGCCAGAUUCUCACAGUCAUGUUAGUUGCUCCCAAACGAUCUUGUUUAGGUGGCAGCAGCCCCUUUACCAUCCAGCCAUGCACCUGCCAUAGUCGCUUUUCCCUAACUCUCCUUCCAGGUGAACCCUUCAUGGCUUGGGGUGGGAGGUGGGGAAGAUGGGGAAUGGUUGCAACUUGGUCCCCCUUUACUCCCUGAACUCCCAACUCAAAAGAUUUCUGGCCACCUUGAGCAGACUCUGGAAUAUUAGAAGUCUGCUGUUCACCCUCUCUCUCCUCCCCAGUAAUUCCUUUCUGCUAAGGAAAAGAUAGGGCCUGUCUGCAGGCUUCAUUCUUUUCUCCUUCAAGCUGAGCUGUUCUUGAGUUAAGAGUGCCUUACAGCCCUGUGAUGCCGGAUCAGUCUGGCUGCGGAUCCUUUGGCUUCUUUGUCCCUUCACUGUCAGACAUGCUCACCUUCCACCCCAGUGUUCAGUUGACCAGAGACAAAAUAAUCAACUCAGAGAAUUCCAUCCAUUUCUCCCCUCAGGUGUUAAGUGCUUUCAUGUGAUCCGAGUAUCUCAUAUUUACUAGAACAGUUUGUGGUAAAGGACUCCACAUUACCUCUUCUAGAAGACUUAACAUUUUAAGAGUAGCCUGCAGAGGGCAAUGUUUAACCCUGUAAAGAGGCUCAAAUGAUGGACCAUCAGGCAUUACAAUAGGUAACUUGUAGAUUCACAGACACAAAAGAUAAUGGUGAUUUUUAUCAGCUUCCUAUUUAAGUGACCACACCUCUCACUUAUAGGCAUGGACCACCUGACUUCACUUUCCAUGCAGAGUAAGGUAAUGUAGAGCAUAAAGGCCCAGAUUUCAAGCAACUGGUUGCAAACCAUACAACCUAAACAAAGAAGGAAGGGCAGACAGGCUGUGGGUGGGUGGUGUCUAACCAUGUCACCCUUGCCCUCUUUAACAUCAUUCUAUCAAGUACCAUCAGCUCUAUUGUGCCCCAUCUUGUCCUCAAACACACACCUAGGCCUAAACAUCACAGACGGGAAAAUUGACCCCCACAGAAGUGAUUUAGUCAUGGUGCUGGGGCCAGAGCCCAGCCCAGUUCUAGAACUCCCAGCUGAAAAGCUCCUCAUAGUAUUCCCAAGGGAAACUGUUCCAUAUGCCAGAGCUUCCCCUAGGGAUUGUGAGGGAAGAGAAUGUUAAUGUCAGAGAUGGAAAGAAUUUAAAUAAAAUCAUCAGAAAAUCUACCCAAACCCAAGACCCCCACAGAAUCAGGGACGAACAGAGAGCUCUUAUCUUACUUGCUCCUCUUCGUCAUCUAGCCCUCAUAAUGAGGGUGUUUUCCCAGACAUCGCUCCUAGCUCUCACCUUCCCUAUUUCAACACUUGUCUUGGAAAGCACAUUCAUUUCCAGGCCUUUAGCGAUUACUGUUGCUUAAAUGACUUCUAAGCCAGCCAACCCAAGUAUCUGCCCCAGGUGUAACUCCUUGGUCAGAUUAAUGAACAACUCCGUGUGGGUGUCUCACUGCCAUUUAAAAUACUGUCUAAAACCGUAUCAUUCAUCUACACACCCAGUUUCUGCUAAUGAUGACUAUCAUUUGUUUGGGUCCCUAGACUCACCUGAAUGACUUACAGUUCUUCUGUGGGAUUCAUCCUUGACCCCUCCUUCUCCUAUAUCCAGGCUGUCACUCAGAACUGUUGGAUCUUACUGGGGCACCUGGGUGGUUCAGUGGGUUAAGUCUCUGCCUUCGG